AUGGACGAAACGGGAAUCACCACCGUGCAACGUCCUGAUCGCAUAGUAGCUAGGAAGGGAUUCCGCCAAAUUGGUUCGUUGACUUCUGCUGAAAGGGGGACACUUGUGACCAUGGCCAUAGCAGUAUCUGCUGCCGGAAAUAGUAUUCCUCCUUUAUUUGUAUUCCCUCGCGUGCAUUUUAAAGAUCAUUUUCUGCAAGGUGCACCUGUGGGAAGCAUUGGAACAGCUAACCCAUCGGGUUGGAUGAAAAAUGAGCAAUUCUUGACGUUCGUACAACAUUUAGUAACUACAGUAAAAAGUACGAAGGAAAGCCCAAUUUUAUUGUUGCUAGAUAACCACGAGUCACACCUGUCCAUCCCGGCUUUGAACUAUGCGAAAGAUAAUGGGGUGGUAAUGCUAUCGUUUCCACCCCAUUGCAGUCAUAAGCUGCAACCGCUUGACAGGAGCGUUUUUGGUCCAUUAAAAAAAUAUAUAAAUAGUGGUUGUGCAUCGUGGUUAAAAACGAAUCCAGGAAAGACCAUUAGCAUAUACAAUAUUCCAGCAAUUGUAGCAGCUGCUCUUCCACUAGCAAUUGUUCCUAACAACGUUACAGCAGGCUUCAGAGUAACUGGAGUUUAUCCGUUUAACAGAGAUAUUUUUGAGGACCAAGAGUUUCUGCCCAGUUACGUUACCGACCGCGAAAAUCCAACGACGGCACCUGACAAAUUGUUAGAACAUCAAAAAGAAAACACCGACAACACGGCUGUUCCUCACAUUGGACCAUCCACAUCUGGCCCAUUAUCAUCUCCACUGUUUACUGAACCGCCAUUUAUACAAUCUACUGAAGUAAUUCCUGUAACUUCUGCCCCAUCACCACCUACACCGUCUACCCCACCUCCACUUUUAACCUCUACUCACGCAACGCCAUCAACUUCUUCUCAGUCGUCAUUGUCUAUUCAACCUACUUCAUUUGCUGUGUCUAAGACGAACCAUUUGAUUACUCCGGAAACCAUUCGUCCACUUCCAAAAGCCGGAGAGAGAAAACCUGGAAGACAACAAAGAAGAAAACGUAAAUCAGCCAUUUUAACUGAUACGCCGAUAAAAAAUGAACUUGAAGCACAACAAGCCUUAAAAGCCCAAACUAAACCAUCAGUGGUAAAACGAAAGGUUUUUGUUGGGAAAGUCCAUGUAUCCACCAAAAAGAAACGGGUGAAGAAACCUUUGUCCGAUUCAUUCUCUGAGGAAGAUGAAACCUUCUGCCUAGUGUGUGGCGGCACCUACAGUGGUUCAAAAGACCCAUGGCUGCAGUGUGUCCAAUGCAAGGAAUGGGCUCACGAGAAGUGCGCCAAUAAAGAUCCAUUCUACGUCUGUCAAAACUGUGACUCGAAUGAUGAUAUGUAA